AUGUUUCGCCCAGCCAGUGCGCGUCUACCAGCGACGUGCCCGGCUGGCGCCGCUGCCUCCGGCGGCGCCGGUGGCCCCCUCCUCGCCGGGGUCACUUGCGCCACCGGCGACACCGACCCCGCCGCCGAGGCACCCAGCUUCUCGGGCCGCGACGCCGGUCUGGACGUCAAGAAUGCCUUCCUACAUGGCGUUCUUACUGAGAUAGUCUACUGCAGUCAGUCGGCGGGGUUUGUUGACUCUUCUUGUCCUGACAUGGUGUGUCGGCUCAAAAAGUCUCUCUACGGCCUCAAGCAGGCCCCCCGGGCGUGGAACCAUCGGUUUGCUGCUUUUCUGCUGACUCUGGGGUUUGUGGAGGCCAAGUCAGAUACCUCUUUGUUCAUCUAUCACUAUGGGGCUGAGACUGUAUAUCUGCUGCUAUAUGUUGAAGACAUUGUCCUCACAGCCUCCACUGAGUCACUCCUUCGGUGGAUCAUCGCCUCUCUUCAGCAGGAGUUUGCUAUGAAGGAUCUGGGUGCACUACAUCACUUCCUCGGGGUCACUGUUGAGCCUCACCCUGCUGGAUUACUCCUUAACCAGCGGCAGUACACUCUUGACAUCCUGGAGAGAGCUGGGAUGACUGACUGCAAGCCCUGCUCCACUCCAGUUGACACACAGGGCAAGAUCUCGGAGGCUGAGGGUACACCAGUGACAGAUCCCACUGCAUAUCGGAGUCUUGCCGAGGCACUUCAGUAUCUCACCUUCAUCCGGCCGGAUAUCACCUAUGCAGUUCAGCAGAUCUGUCUUCAUAUGCAUGAUCCCCGGGAGCCACACCUCACCGCUCUCAAGCGGAUCCUACGCUACCUCCGCGGCACCGUCGACUUCGGUCUCCUCCUCCACCGACGGUCGUCCUCCACCGAGCUCGUCGUCUACACUGACGUCGACUGGGCCGUGUCGACGAAAGCCGGGUGUCCGGACACCCGCCGCUCCACCUCCGGCUACGCCGUCUUCCUAGGCGGCAACCUGGUGUCUUGGUCGUCCAAGCGCCAACCGGUCGUCUCCCGCUUCAGUGCCGAGGCGGAGUACCACGUUGUCGCCAACGGCGUGGCUGAGGCUUUCUGGCUCCGGCAGCUCCUCGCCGAGCUCCACAGCCAUCUCUCCCGGAGCACGCUGGUCUACUGCGACAACAAGCGCAAGGUUGAAAAUGCAAAUCACAGUAAAGAAACAAAGAGCAUUGACGCGGAGAAAGCAGAGGAAGUGGUCAAAUAA